AGAGCAAAGUGACAAUGCAGUGGAUGAGCAUUUAUGAGUGAAAAGCCAUCCUGCAAAUAUGCACUAUAGUUGAUGGAGUUGGGCGUUUUUUGAAGCUAGUAUGUUUUGUUCAGAAAUGUGGUGUGCUCAAUGGAGCAUAGACUGUCCAAUCAGAACUACUUGUAGGUGGGAAAUCUGUCCUGCUAAUCAAUAUAACACGUAAUUGCAGAGAAGGAAUGUGUGUCUUCGCCAUGGAAAUUGGUCCUAGGAUAACCAAACUGUUUUACGAGCUGCACUAUAAUUACUGUGAAUUAUAAAGGUGUUUUGGCUGGUGAACCACCUAAAUAUUUAAUCUAACGGAAAGUAUAAGCAGAUGGUAUUUAGUAGGGCUGGUCAUUUAAAGUUAUUUUCCAUAUUUGCAUAACUUGCAUUAAAUUAUUAUAGAGUAUUUGAGUACUCUCAAACAAAUUAUCUAGCGCAAGAUCAGCGUUUGUCAAUGGCGCACUUACUUUCUUCAACGCGGCCCACUCCUCAGCGGCUGCUUUGAGACGGGCCGCUAUGCUAGCUGUGGUUUGGCGGUCAUCAGAAUGGCGUCGUGUCUGGGACAGCGGUCUUCAACUCCCAGUUGGGAAUAAAAGAGGAGCCGGGACUUACCUCCAUGUAGAUGCCAAAAACGUUUCGUCAUGUAUUGAAUGUCUUUAGCAAGUCACACAACGGCUGAAUUAAUCUUUUUUACUACAGUGGUUAAAAAACCCAAAUUAACAGAUUUUGCUGUGUUUUAAUUGGAAUAAACAUAUCAAAAGGAGGACAAGAUACUACUUAAUGAUCAGGAUUAGUGAAAAGCCUGAAUUAAUGCUUUGUCAGGUCUGUCCGUCUAUUAGCGUCUUUGCAUUGACUUUAUAUGUAAUUGCGCCGCACGGAAAAUGGACUUUACGUCCGGUGUCAACAUACCAUAAAAGCCAAAUGUAAAAGUAUGUAGUAAUGGUUUUAUUUGUCACUUUUUGGGUUUUUUAGCUUGUGGUUCUGUUGAGACACAGAUUUGGAGCUGCUUUGGUUGGAUCGUAGCUGGUGCUGAUGUACAAAAUGCCUUGUAGAUAUUAUGUGGUGAUAUUACAGGUCAUAUAGCGGACGCUCUUGUCCAGAGCAACUUUCAGUGAACUAACUACAGAGACAGUCCCCCUGGAGCAACUUGGGGUGCUGUUGUUUGUACUUCAGCAUGGCGGUCGUCAUCCGUUUACAGGGACUAAGAGUCACAGCAGGUUCUGAGGAUAUUCGCAAGUUCUUCACUGGCCUCAAAAUUCCAGAUGGAGGAGUGCAUAUAAUUGGUGGGGAGCGAGAGGAAGCUUUCGUUAUCUUUGCUUCUGAUGAAGAUGCAAGAAGAGCAAUGAUACGAUCAGGAGGUUGCAUUAAGGCUUCACCUGUUACAUUGCUACUAAGUAGUAAAGCAGAGAUGCAGAACCUGCUUGAAAAAAGUACAAAAGAUGUAGAGCUAGAUCAGAAGAGACGACUUGAGGAGAAUGCAAGACACACUAGAAGAUCUGUGGACCCUGAGGCAGGCAGGAGAUCAGCAAGCAGAUCAGACUAUACCCCUCCCCCCCAGCACCAGAGGGCUCCAAACACUAAUGAUGACUCUGUGCAUGUGUUUCUAAAAGGAAUGCCCUUUUCUGUGACUGAAGAGGAAGUCCGUGAGUUUUUCUCUGAUUUACUUAUUGAUGAAAUGAUCUUAUUGAAAAAUGGAUAUGGUUCAAAAAAUGGGAAAGGUCUCGUCAAAUUUGCAACAAGAGAGGAUGCAAACGAAGCUCUGAAGAGGGAUAGGAAAUACAUUGGGUCAAGGUAUGUGGAGAUUGCCUUAACAACUGCAGCCGAUUGGCGUCGGGUUACUGGUAAAGUGUCAAUGGCUGGCAACACGGGUGACAACAUUGAAAGGGAGCGAUCACCUGUUCGCAAUCAGAGGAAUCCACAUCAUGGGAGGUCACAAUCACCUUUGGCUCAGAUGCCCGUUGCUCCUUCUGAAGACGAGUACUGUGUUUUGAUGGAAAAUCUGUCCUAUUCAGUGGAAAAAGAAGACAUAAAAAGGCUUUUUCGGAAUGCAAAGCUUGAGGAUGACCAGAUCCUGCACUUAAUUGGAAGUGAUGGGAGAAGAACAAGAUCCGUAUUUGUGCUGUUCAAGAAUCUUCGUGACUAUUGUGACGCCUUGACUCCUGAAAAAAGGCAGUUCAUGAACCGAAUGAUUCAUACCCGGCCAAUCUCAAGAGAGAAAAUGAUCACCCUUCUGCAGUCUCAGAGCGUGGAUGUCGGUCCUCCUGGAAACUCUGAAAUGUUUCAGGAGAGUCUUCCAUCUUACCCCAAUGAUCCUUAUGACACAGAGAAAAUGUGUCUGUUUGUGCGGAACCUGCCAUUUGAUGUACGGAAAGUUGAGAUCAUGGACUUCUUCCAUGGGUUUAAUAUCACGGAGGACAAGGUGUUUGUGCUGCAUGACCAUAAAGGUGCAGGAGUUGGGAAGGCUUUGGUUCUCUUCCUGUCUGAGGCAGAGGCUAUGAGUGCACUCUCUCUCAAUGGACAAAGGUUUCUUGGGUCAGAACUCCUACUGAAAUGCAUUUCACGUUCUCAGAUGCGUCAGUUGGGUGUUGAGCCACCAAUGGGGCAAGAGACAAUUAUGCAAGAGCCACAGCCAAGAGAGGAGCGAUACUCAGGCAGGAGAAGUGAGGCAUUCUAUUGCCCUGGUAACUCAGAGUACCCUGACUUAAGGAUUCCUCAUGAUGCUAACAUACCAAUGACUAAUGCACAGUCUCUCAUCUAUGGAGGCGGUGAUUAUGAGCCCUAUCCAGUAGGCCCUUCUGCUUCACAUAACCGAGGUAAUGGCAUUUGUGGUGGCUUUGGGUCUUCUGUGCAGAAUUUUGAUGGUCCCACCUGCGUUAAGCUGCUUAACUUACCAUUCCAAAUCAGAAGUGAGGAAAUUUAUGACUUUUGCUAUGGAUUUCGCAUUAUCCCUGGAUCUAUCUCAGUGCAGUAUGACCAGAGUGGAAAAUCUAAAGGCUCUGCGACUGCAUUAUUUGAGUCCCGUCGCGAGGCGUUGACAGCAGUUGAGGAACUGAGUGGAAGACCAAUAGGUCCAAGAAAAAUACAGCUGUUACUUGUGUGAAAGUGACAUUGCGUUUCAUAGCACCUAGCAUGCCCUAACAGUGUAAUUUGGACAUAUACACAAUAUUGAUUGAAAAAAAGUUGCUUUAAGGGAAACGAUGGCCUUUUUCUUUAUUUUUGAUUCGAUCAUCAUUUUGACAUAUUUUUUUACGGCAUGGUUUAUGAUUGUGAAUCUAAUUAGCCCUAUUUUUUUUUUUGCGAUUUUUCUUUUCAUUAUUUUAAGGCAAUAUAGUCAGACUAAAUAUGGGUUUUGUAUGCAAUGUUUAUCUAAAAGUGAAAUACUAGAUUUUUGGUUUUCUCAUUAAAAGUGUAUUUGUUAAAUUUAACUUGUAACCGUCUGGAACAAUGUAUGUACAUUUCAUGUGGUUGUUGUGAAAAGUACUUUUAUUAAAAUGCAUACCUUUUGAAUUGUCAGUUUUCUUCACAGAUCUGUCACUUACAGUGUAAACGAAUUUUGAUUGCCACAUUAACCUUAUGUGCAUAAAGUGCAGGUUAAUCGCC